AUGCAGUGGGUGAAGGUGCUUGGGGGCAUCUUGGGGGCCGCUGCCCUCUUGGGGCUGGGGAUUAUCGUGGGCCACUUCGCCAUCCCCAAAGUCUCAGACUCCCAGGACCUGGACCAAAGACUCCUUGAGUCCGUCUUGGAACAGCUGGAUGCGAGUAAGAUCCGGGAGAACCUGAGAGAGCUCUCCAGGAAGCCACACCUGGCCACUAGCCCCCGCGACGAGGAGCUGGUGCAGCUGCUGCUGCAGCGCUGGCGGGACCCACAGUCGGGUCUCGACUCGGCCCAGGCCUCCCAGUACGAGGUGCUGCUGUCCUUCCCCAGUCAGGAGCAGCCAAACCGCGUGGAUGUGGUGGGUGGCACUGGCACUGGGAAUGUGCAGUUCUCCUGCCGCCGGAGUGAGGAGGAUCUGACUGGGGAGCAGGGGGACCCUGAGGUGGUGCCACCCUAUGCUGCAUAUGCCCCCGCGGGAACCUGCCAGGGUCUCCUUGUUUAUGCCAACCGGGGAACAGAAGCAGACUUUCAGGAGCUGCAGUCUCGAGGCAUCACACUCCAGAACACCAUUGCCCUGACCCGCUAUGGGGGUGCAGGGCGUGGGGCUAAGGCUGUGAAUGCUGCCAAGUUCGGGGUGGCUGGGGUGCUGGUGUACACGGACCCUGCAGACAUCAACGAUGGGCACAGCUUGCCCAGCGAGACCUUCCCACACUCCUGGCGCUUACCUCCCUCUGGGGUGGAGCGAGGUUCCUACUAUGAGUACUUUGGGGACCCCCUGACUCCCUAUCUUCCAGCCAAACCCUCCUCCUUCCGACUGGACUCAGCCACUGUCCCUGGAUUUCCUCCAAUUCCCACUCAGCCCAUUGGCUUUGAGGAUGCAAAAGUCCUUCUCUGUCAACUCAAGGGACCCUUGGCACCCCCGGCCUGGCAGGGAGCACUGGGCUGUAACUACAACUUGGGGCCUGGCUUUCAGCCAGGGGGUAACUUCACAGAGGACAGCCAGGUGAAGGUGAGCGUCCACAACCGCCGGGAGCUGCGGAACUCCUCCAACGUCCUGGGGAUCAUCCGCGGGGCUGUGGAGCCAGACCGCUACGUGCUGUACGGAAACCACCGGGACAGCUGGGUGCACGGCGCCGUGGACCCCAGCAGUGGCACUGCCGUCCUCCUGGAGUUGUCCCGCGUGCUGGGGACCCUGCUGAAGCGGGGCAAUUGGCGUCCCCGUAGAUCGAUCGUGUUUGCGAGCUGGGGGGCCGAGGAAUUUGGGCUCAUUGGUUCCACAGAAUUCACGGAGGAGUUCUUCAGCAAGUUGCAGGAGCGCACGGUGGCCUACAUCAACGUGGACAUCUCGGUCUUCGCCAACGCCACCCUGAGGGCGCAGGGGACGCCCCCAGUCCAGAGCGUGGUCUUCUCUGCGGCUAAACAGAUCCCCGCCCCAGGUGCCGGUCACCUCAGCAUCUACGACAACUGGAUCCGGCAUUUCAACCGCAGCAGCUCCGUGUACGGCUUGGUCCCCAGCCUGGGCUCUCUGGGUGCUGGCAGCGACUACGCGCCCUUUGUUCACUUCCUGGGCAUCUCCUCCAUGGACAUCGCCUACACCUAUGACCGGAGUAAAACCUCUGCCCGGAUCUACCCCACCUACCAUACAGCCUUUGACACCUUUGAUUACGUGGACAAAUUUCUGGAUCCUGGCUUCAGUAGCCACCAGGCAGUGGCCCGGACUGCAGGAAGUGUGCUUCUUCGGCUCAGUGACAGCCUUUUCCUGCCUCUCAACAUUAGUGACUACUGCGAGACCCUCCACAGCUUCCUGCAAGCUGCGCAGCAGGAGCUCGGGGCCCUGCUGGAGCAGCACAACAUCAGCCUCGAGCCCCUGGUGACUGCGACAAAGAUGUUUGAGGAGUCGGCUAAGGCCUUGGAUCAACACAGAGCAGCACUGCAGAUGGGCCAACCUGACCCCCUGCAGGUUCGGAUGCUCAAUGACCAGCUGAUGCUUUUGGAACGAGCUUUCCUGAACUCAAGAGCCUUUCCGGAGGAGCGCUACUACAGCCAUGUACUCUGGGCACCCCGCAGCGGCUCCACAGCCACGUUCCCAGGCCUGGCCAAUGCCUGUGCCAAGGCCAAUGCCACAGACUCCAGGUCUGCAGAGUGGGCUGAGGUGCGGCGGCAGCUCAGCAUUGUGGUGGCGGCCCUGGAGGGUGCAGCAGCCACCCUGAAGCCUGUGGCUGACCUCUGACCCCAGCCCUCAUUCUUCAGCUCUUUAUCCUAAUCCCC